AUGUGUGGCGGUAAAGGGGCGACGUUGAUUGCAGUGCAUACAGUCUUGCUGGCUUAUUUUGACAAGUACAGAGGAGUCGCAAGUGGUAUUCGGUACGCGGGGGCAACCUGCUCUGGCUUAAUUUUCCCGAAGCUCGUGGUCUUCUUAGAGAGAGAAUACGGUUUUCGAGGGAUGCUUUUGAUCGUAGGAGCAAUAUUAAUAAACGCGACUGCUUUCAUUUUUCUGUUUGAAGAACCGCCCUGUUUUAGACAACCACAACUAAAUAAAGACAACGCUAUCUCGAACAACGAGGGCGAUUCCGGUCAGUCUCAAGGUCAACGUCAGCCUACACCGAAGGGCACUGAAGGGGUGUUACAGGAAUCACACUCCGUAUUCCAGAUCAUCGCUGUUUUCCGUAGACCCAUGUUCUUUAUUGUCGUUCUGGCAGGGCUGAGUGUUACUUACACGCAGAACAUAUUUCUUUCAACCAUAGUAGACUAUGCCAUGGCCAGAGGAAUGUCUCUGGAUGCCGCCUCCUCCAUCAUUGUCUACACUUCCCUUACUGAUUUUCUCGGAGCCAUGGGACUUCCUUUACUGGCCGACAGAAAGUUUUUGCGACGCAGUACGCUGGUCAUGUUUUGCUACGCAAUGCUCGGACUUUCCGCGAUUCUUUAUCCCAUUGUCACCCCGGUUCCACUUUUUGUGCUGGUGUCGCUCCUCCUGGCAAUGGUCGAAGCUACGCUCAUGACCAUGAGUACUGUGAUUGCGGCGGAUUAUCUCGGCGUGGAAAAGGUUCCAAUUUUUAUCGCAGCAACUGGACUUGCAGUGAUCCCGUUUUAUUUUUGGAACCCUCGGAUUGUGGCCACAUGGUGCCAGAAGUACUUUAUCGCCCGAGUGCCGCGGUUCGAUGAAGCAGCCACCGAGCGACAGAAAGUAGGCGACAGCCACACCACCCGAGAGAUGGCGUCUCCGCAACAGGCCAUCGUGCUGCCCUUUACAACGCUGCUACAGCCCCCGAAACCCCUGGACACGUCGGGAGACCUGUGGUGGAACUGGACAACUUAG